CACCGGGCAGCGGCCCCCCCAAAUCCUCCGGCUCCAGGCAUCAGGUGCCCCAAAUCCUCUGGCUCUGAGCGUCGCCCCCCGCAACUCCUCCGGCUCCGGGCAGCGGCUGCCCCGAUCUCCCCCCGGCUCCGGGCACAGAGAGGCGCCUCCCCUCCCCGAGCCAUGUGCACGGGGCGCUGCUCGCGGCUGGUGGGGCUGGCGCUGGUGCCCAUGGCGCUGGGCUGCAUCGUGGCCAACGUCCUGCUGAUGUUCCCCAACGGGGAGAGGGGCUGGACCGAGCACCUCGCCCUGCAGGUCUGGCUGAUGGGCGGCCUGGCCGGCGGGGGGCUCAUGGUUCUCUGCCCCGGGCUCUCGGCCAUCCGCGCCGGGGGGAAGGGCUGCUGCGGAGUCGGAUGCUGCGGGAACCGGUGCCGGAUGCUGCACUCCGUGUUCUGCUCGCUAUGGGGCGUCCUGGGGGGGUUUUACUGCCUGGUCGUGUCCGCCACCGGCCUGGCCAAGGGGCCCGUCUGCCAGGAUGCUGAGGGGAAAUGGGGGUCGCCCUUCCAGGACAUCAGCGAGAACUACCUGGCGAACCGGACGCUGUGGGAGCUCUGCGUGACCCCGCCCCAGGCGGUGCUGUGGCACGUGGUCCUGUUCUCCGUCACCCUGGGGCUCGGGGCCCUGGAGCUGGCCCUGUGUGCCGUGCAGGUGGUCAACGGGCUGCUGGGCACCGUGUGCGGGGACUGCCGCAAGCCGGCCGAGCGCCAGGGCGAAGGUCUCUGAGCUGCUGAGGGACCCCGAAAACCCAGUUUCUGGGGGAUCGUUCACUCCGUGUCACCCCCCCCCCGGGCAGUCUCUCCACCUGGGGGGCUGUGAGAUGCCUGGGCCCUUUAUGGCAGGGGCUCCAGCCAGGCCCCCCCCGAGACCGCGCUCCCCCCCCGCUGCCCCCAGCCCUCCCUGCCCCCCCAAG